AGGGCUGGUGGCUGCGCGCGGCGGGUCGGGGGCUGCGUGCCUCCCGGGACGGCCGGGGCGCGCUCGGCUCCCUGCGCCCCUGCGCCCGCCCGCGCGCUCCUGCAAAAUGGUCCCUCACUUCUUGCUGCUCUGCCUCCUGCACUUGGCGCGGGCCACCGAGCGCCCCGAGGGCCGGGCGGACGAGCGGGGCCCGGAGGCGGCCCUGGCCGCGCCCAACGCCUCGCACUUCUUCCCCUGGAACAACUACAGCUUCUCCGACUGGCAGAACUUUGUGGGCAGGAGGCGCUACGGGGCCGAGUCCCAGAACCCCACGGUGAAAGCCCUGCUCAUCGUGGCUUACUCCUUCAUCAUCGUCUUCUCGCUCUUCGGCAACGUCCUGGUCUGUCAUGUCAUCUUCAAGAACCAGCGAAUGCACUCGGCCACCAGCCUCUUCAUCGUCAACCUGGCGGUCGCCGACAUAAUGAUCACGCUACUCAACACUCCCUUCACGCUGGUCCGCUUUGUGAACAGCACAUGGGUGUUCGGGAAGGGCAUGUGCCACGUCAGCCGCUUUGCCCAGUACUGCUCCCUGCACGUCUCUGCACUGACGCUGACGGCCAUCGCGGUGGACCGCCACCAGGUUAUUAUGCAUCCGUUAAAACCCCGGAUCUCUAUCACAAAGGGUGUCAUCUACAUCGCUGUCAUCUGGACCAUGGCUACGUUCUUUUCGCUCCCGCAUGCUAUCUGCCAGAAGUUAUUCACCUUCAAGUACAGUGAGGACACCGUGCGCUCGCUCUGCCUGCCCGACUUCCCCGAGCCAGCUGACCUCUUCUGGAAGUACCUGGACUUGGCCACCUUCAUCCUGCUUUACAUCCUGCCCCUCCUCAUCAUCUCUGUGGCCUACGCCCGGGUGGCCAAGAAGCUGUGGCUGUGCAACACCAUCGGCGACGUGACCACGGAGCAGUACCUUGCCCUGCGGCGCAAAAAGAAGAAGACCAUCAAGAUGUUGAUGCUGGUGGUGGUCCUCUUCGCCCUCUGCUGGUUCCCCCUCAACUGCUACGUCCUCCUCCUGUCCAGCAAGGUCAUCCGCACCAACAAUGCCCUCUACUUCGCCUUCCACUGGUUCGCCAUGAGCAGCACCUGCUACAACCCCUUCAUCUACUGCUGGCUGAACGAGAACUUCAGGGUGGAGCUGAAGUCAUUACUGAGCAUGUGCCAAAGGCCGCCCAAGCCUCAGGAGGAUAGGCCACCCUCCCCAGUCCCUUCCUUCAGGGUGGCUUGGACAGAGAAGAGCAAUGGCCGGAAGGCUCCUCCACUAGCCAAUAACCUCUUGCCCUCCUCCCAACUCCAGGCUGGGAAGACAGACCUGUCGUCUGUGGAACCCAUUGUGGCGAUGAGUUAGAGGAGGCUGGGAAGGGGCAGCGGAGGAGUCUGUUUCCAGCUGAGCCUGGGAAAGAGCCUGCUCUCUCACACACAUCUUCACAGUGCUGGCGGCCGCAGGACUCUCCAGCUCCUAGGAAACUACGUCCAGCCUCCUAGCCCCAUGUGAUGUGAAGACUAAAAGGCAACUACCAACUAAACAUGUGUUCAUAAAUUCCCAUCUAAGAAGUGCUGUGAGGAAUAGCACCCUGGGUCCCUGAGGGAGUGAACCGAGGACAACUUUGGCCCAGAUGGGCACUGAGCCAGUCAACUGCCUCCAUCUGUCAGGCAGCUGCUGCCUUACAGCCCUUCCUGCCAUUGGGUGUCCCUAAAGGAAGCCUGAGUCAUACUGUGGGGACGGGUGACCCAGGUGCCCAGAGCUCUGCCUCACGCAGGUUCAUUGGCCAGGGAAACAUUAGCAAGCCAGAGCCGGCAUGGAGGUUUCAUGCCUCGCUUUCUAAAAUCACAGGACCGUGAUAAAUUGCAAGUCUUCAGUGGCCUGGCCCUAUAUAGGUAAGAAAGGACCAAUUUGGAUUUCUUAAAGCAAAGAGAAAUUAUUCUUGGCACUGAAAAAUUCAGAAAAACACAAAGAUAAAAAUUAAAAAAUGACUCCCUUAUCCUAUCCAUUUGUGAUAACUUCCGUUAACGUGCUGUGGAUUUGUUUGCAACAUUUUCUUUUGUGUGUCCGCACAGCUUUUUUUUUCAUUCUGAUUUUCAUUUUCCAUUUGAACUGUAAUGAUCAACCAGAAACAGGGGCACAGUAGAGUAUUUCUGAGACCCUCCCCAGGAGUAGUGUCCACCAGCAGAGUUGGAGAAGAGAGGAGACAGUGUCACCAAAGUGAAAACGGUGACCACACGGACAGAACUGGCCCUAUCUCAUAGCCAGUGGUGGGAAGGGCCUGGCGGAAGUGCCUUCUCCUCAGACAGCCGCCACCAUGAUUUGCCAAGGAACAGAACUCAGGCAGGAGGCAUAGUUCUUUCUCUCUUGCAAUCACGCAAACACACGGGGUGGUAAAACACGGCCCUGUUUUCACAGGAGAUGAGGGAGCAGGCUUUCCAACAUGCUAGAAAUAAUUGUGCUUAGACGCCUCAUCCUCCCAAGCUGUCUAGACAGGUCAUUUCUCUGUGUCGUCUGAAUAAUGAGUUUGUUUGUUUUUUUUUUUUUUUUUCCACACCAGUUCCUGAAAGAAGACUCGCUGGCAAUAUCAUCCUAGUGGUUCAGGUGUUGAAUAUGGAAUCCUUAAGGAACCUUGUUCCUUCAGGGCCCAGCUUGCUAGAGAAAUCUCAUUCCAGAGACAGAUUAUUUUCAUCACCUUCCAUCUGGUCCUAUGUGACUCACUGUGUCACCCAGAUAAUUGCUAAUAUCACACUGGCUUUAGGUUUCCUUCUAGCCCCAGAUAGAUCCCGAAAGCAAAGCAAGGCUGUGCAACUGAGUAGGAAACUGAGCUGUGGGGGGGAAGGAGUCCUAGAUUCACUUAGGGUCCCUUGGCUGGUAAUUGAAACUGAACUUGGUUCCAUCGUCUGCUUCCCUAUAACGAACCAGGGAGGUUCGUUUAGGAAGACGUUUGAAAAUUUUCAAGAUACAAAAUUUUAAAAACGUACCUACUAAAUAGUGGGCAAAAAAAGUGACUUUCAUUGGACUGAGAGAGUCCUCUAAGCCCAUGGAGAUUCCCAAGUGGGAUUUUCAUGCCAAAUGGCUAUGUGCCUGUAUUUAUUGUCUCUGUCGCGUCAAGAAGUAGCUAAUGCUGCCAAAGAAAUGCUGUGAACCAGCGUGAGAACAGGCAGCAGGGAUACGGAAAGCCUGCCCUGCUCUGGGACUGAUGGGGAAGCUUCACUCCUCUCUGAGGAUGUCUAGGAAUACAGAUGUCCUUGACUUACAUCUUGGUAAACCUCUCCAAGUUGAAAAUAUUGUAAGUCAAAAUGCAUUUAAUACAUCUAACCUACCAAACACUGUAGCUUAGCCUAACCUACCUUAAACAUGCUCAGAGCACUUAACAUUAGCCUACAGUGAGGCAAAAAUCAUCCAACACAAGCCUAUUUUAUCACAAAGUAUUGACUAUCUCAUGUAAUUUAUUGGAUACUGUACUGAAAGUAAAAAACUGAAUUUUGUUGUGUGAGUUCUGGAAGUAUAGUUUCUCCCAAAUGCGUAUCACUUUCAUACAGUUGUAAUGUCAAAAAAUUGUUAAGUCUAACCACUGUUCGUUGGUGACCAUAUGUACUGCCAAGUUCCAGAGAAACCCUCUCUGGGGGAGCACCCACCGAUGGCCCAUUAGGUCUGCCCCCUCCCCUCCGUUCCCUGUAUGCCCAGAGUAAAAAGUGAUUUUUGUAUUUGUGAAUGUGGAAAUUUAUGAAACUUGAGUUGUCCCAAUGUGCUGUAAAGAGCUGUUUAUCGUGAGUUGCUCCAGUCUCAAUAAAAUUUAUUUUGAGUGUG